AUGGCAGAAACAAACAAAAAGUUGCAUAUUGCAGUAUUUCCAUGGCUAGCUUUUGGCCAUAUGAUUCCAUAUUUAGAGCUAUCAAAGCUCGUUGCUCAAAAGGGUCAUACAGUUUCCUUCAUUUCUACUCCUAGAAACAUCGAUCGUCUACCAAAACUUCCUCCAAAUCUUGUCCAGUUCUUGAAAUUCGUCAAACUUCCUCUACCCCGCGUAGAAAAUUUACCUGAAAAUGCAGAAGCCACCAUUGAUGUACCUUACGAGCAAGCCAAGUAUCUCAAAAUUGCUCAAGAUGGACUUGAAGAACCCAUGGCUAAGUUUCUCGAAGGUUCAGCUCCUGAUUUUAUACUCUUUGGUUUUACGUCUUACUGGAUUCCUUCAAUCGCUUCAAAAUUCAACAUUCCAACAGCCCAUUUCGGCAUAUUCAUCGCCGCGUUUUUGGUUUUCACGGGACCUGUGCCAGGAUUGAAUAAUGAUUAUGGAGGUCGGAUGACACUGGAGGAAUACACGGUUCCUCCCAAAUGGGUACCGUUUAAGCAGGGGCGGAGCUACAGCCCCGAAGGCUGCAACAACCUAGGUUCGAUUCCUGGAGGGAGCAACAGUGUUUUUUUUUUCAUUUUUCACUGCGUUUAA